AUGUUCGACUUCAGAGGAAAGUUGUUGGUCGGCCUCAUCACCCUCACCUGCUCCGUCGGCUUCAUGCUCUUUGGGUAUGACCAGGGAGUCCUAUCUGGACUUAUUGGAGCCAACAAUCAGUUCGGGGCCGACUUCAAUCAUCCCAAUCCUACUACCCAAGGACUGAUUGUCUCGGUCUAUCAAUUGGGAAAUGUAGGAGGUUCUAUUGUCAUCUUUCUUUUUGGUGACGCGCUCGGCAGAAAGAAGAGCAUCCUUUUAUCUAGCAUCGUUAUGUUGAUCGGCGCAAUUUUACAAACAGCUUCUGUCAAUCGAGGAAUGAUGUAUGCUGCCAGGGUAAUUACUGGAUUUGGAAACGGAGGAAAUACUUCCACUAUUCCGGUGUGGCAGGCGGAGACCAGCACUGCCAAAGAUCGUGGGAAGCUCCUCGCCAUCGACACAUCUCUUGUCGUUUUCGGGAUUUUCAUUGCAUACUGGAUGGAUUACGGCUUUGCUCAAGUCUCUGGGCCGGCGCAGUGGCGCUUCCCAGUCGGCUUCCAGAUGGUUUUCAUGGCGAUUUUAAUAUCAUUGAUCCUCAUUCUUCCUGAAUCUCCUCGAUGGCUACACGAGAAGGGUAGACACGAGGAAGCAAACAACGUGAUUGCUCGUCUGAUUGGUAAAGAUGUUUCUGUUGAUGAUCCCCGGGUUUUGGAGCUGGCAAAGGAGAUCAACGACGCGAUCGAAUUAGAACAUGCUGGUGGACCAUUCCAUCCGAGGGAACUCUUUGCGGGGGGGAAAUUACAGAAUUUCAGACGAAUGAUUCUUUGCUUCUGCGUGGAUUCUUUCCAACAACUUGGAGGGAUCUGUGUCAUCACUUACUAUCUCCCCACUGUCUUGGAGUCAUCGGCAGGCUUGUCCAGACACAUGUCCCUACUAAUGAGCGGCAUAAUUACCACCGAAUACUACUUGGCAUCACUUGUUCAAAUCUGGCUGACAGAUAAAUUCAAUCGGCGAACCUUACUAUUUUUAUCCAGUGCUGGUGAGAUUAUAACCAUGGCCGUUCUGGCUAUUACUGUCCAUGAUGGCAGCCGAGGGGCUGGAUGGGUAGCGGUUGUAAUGAUCUUCCUGUAUAACACAUUCUAUGCCUGGGGCUGGCUUACGGUUCCUUUUAUUUACCCGGCUGAGAUCACGACCUUACGUCUACGAGCAAGAGGUGCUGCCAUCGCCUCUAUCGGUGCUUGGAUUACGGAGUUCAUGGUCGUGCAAAUUACGCCAAUUGCCGUCGCAAAUAUCGGGUAUAAAACUUACAUCGUAUUUGCGGUUCUCAACAUUGCCAUAAUUGUUCCCGUCACCUACCUCUUCUUCCCAGAAACCGCCAACAUGCGUCUCGAAGAUAUUGACCACAUAUUCGAGGGAGGAGGAAUUACUGGUGGGGUCAUUGGCAAGAAUGGUCUUCUUGCUGAUCGACGCAAAGAUAUCGAGAGGAAUACCCACCUUCCGGGCGAGAUAACCGUGUCUUCGCCCAGCUCGGGAAGCGAGAAGGCGGAUUCUUUUGAGCACGUCGAAGGGAAGACAGCUUAG